AGGAGGGGGUCAGUUUGACGUCAGUCUGGAGAAAUCAUCUCUAUAAAUAAGAGGGAAAGAAAGCUACAGAUGGAAGUAAGUAAACAGCAGUCCCACGAGAGCACAAGUUAACCUUCAUCUGUUCCGAUAUGCCGAAUUCAAGCAGCUCCACAUCUUCCACAAAGAGCGUCCGGAGAGCUGCGUCUGAGCUCGAGCGCUCCGAUUCCAUCACGGUUUACAUAGACUGCAUUGAAGUUCUUAUGCGCUUUUGGAGAUGUAAAACACCUCCAUCUGAUGUCCAGAAGUCGCAGAAGUUCGUGGGAAGGCGGCAGAGUUUGAUCGAGGAUGCGCGGAAGGAGCGCGAGGCGGCGGCCGCGGCGGCGGAGGCUGCGGGGCUCAGCGAGCAGAUCGUGUUUGAGGAGAGCGAUGGAAAAGCCUUGCUCAGUCUCUUCUUCUCACUGAGGAGUUCAAAGAGCCCAGCGUUGUCCCGCACUCUCAAGGUUUUUGAGACAUUUGAAGCCAAGAUCCAUCAUCUUGAGACCAGACCCAGCCGAAAACCAAAGGACGGUUUGGAGGAUCUGGAGUAUUAUGUUCAGUGUGAGGUGCACCUGUCAGACGUCAGCACACUGGUCAGCUCUCUCAAGAGAAGCGCAGAGGAUGUCAAAACCACUAAAGAGGUCAAAUUUCAUUGGUUUCCCAGAAAAAUUGCUGAACUGGAUAAAUGCCAUCAUCUCGUCACCAAAUUUGAUCCGGAUCUGGAUCAGGAUCAUCCAGGAUUUACUGACCCCGUUUACAGAAAACGACGGAAGAUGAUUGGAGACAUUGCCUUCAAAUACAAACAAGGAGAACAGAUUCCCAGAGUGGAGUAUAUGGAAGAGGAGAUCGAAACAUGGCGUGAGGUCUACUCAACCCUCAGAGAUCUGUACACCACCCAUGCCUGUAGUGAACAUUUAGAGGCUUUCCACUUACUGGAGAAACACUGUGGCUACAGUCCUGAUAACAUCCCUCAGCUGGAGGAUGUGUCCCGCUUCUUAAAAGAGUGCACAGGGUUUCAGCUGCGUCCCGUGGCAGGUCUGCUCUCCGCUCGGGAUUUUCUGGCCAGUCUGGCAUUCCGUGUGUUCCAGUGCACACAAUACAUACGGCACGCUUCCUCCCCCAUGCACUCGCCCGAACCGGAUUGUGUCCAUGAACUUCUCGGACAUGUACCGAUAUUGUCUGACAGAACAUUUGCACAGUUUUCUCAGAACAUUGGUCUGGCCUCUCUUGGAGCUUCUGAUGAAGAUAUUGAGAAACUGUCAACACUGUACUGGUUCACGGUGGAGUUUGGACUGUGUAAGCAGGGAGGGACGGUCAAAGCGUACGGAGCAGGACUGCUCUCGUCUUAUGGCGAGCUGGUGCAUUCUCUCUCAGAUGAGCCAGAGCGACGAGAAUUUGACCCCGACAUCGUAGCUGUUCAGCCGUACCAGGAUCAGACUUACCAGCCCGUCUAUUUUGUGUCUGAGAGCUUCUCAGAUGCUACAGAGAAACUGAGAGCAUAUGUGACCCGCAUCAAGAGACCAUUUUCGGUGCGGUUUGAUCCGUACACAGACAGCAUAGAAGUGCUGGACAACCCACUGAAGAUCCAGCAGGGGCUGGAGACCAUUAAAGAUGAACUGAAGAUUCUCACAGAUGCCCUGAAUGUGCUGGCUUGAUUCUGCCUCGAGGAGCCAAUCAGCAGUGCUCUUCCUCUCUGCUUCAUAUGUGACAGUCUCUUCAAUAUGCUGUGUGUCUAUGUCCACAUCUGCUGCUACAGACGUUGUUGCUUUUAAAACGCUGAGUGCCAACCUCAAAACCUCACGUCGGAAGUUGAUUCCAGAAACCUUAAAAGGAUUGUUUCCCCAUAAAUGAAAAUCAAGUCAUCAUUAAUAUCAUUAUUUAUGUUGUUUCAAACCUAAAUGACUUUCUUUCCUUGUGGAACAUGAAAGAAGAUAUUUCGAAGAAUGCUGGUAAAGAGUUUUGAUUCCAACUGGAAGUCAUAUAAUGGAAGUCAAUGGUAACCAAAACUGCUUGGUUACCAAUAUUCUUCAAAAUAUCUACUUUCAUGUUCCACAGAUGAAAGAAAGUCUUUGGUAAAAAUAUGAAAUGUUGGAAACCAAACAGUUCCGGUCCCCAUUGACUUUUAUUGUAUAAACAAAAAAUAUGAUGAAAGUCAAUGGAAGCCGAAACUGUUUAGUAACCAACAUUCUUUAAAAUAUUUUCUUGAUAGAUAUUUUAAAUGAUGGUAACCAAACAAUUCUGUUUCACAUGCACUGACUUA